CCGUUAAAACACCAAGCCAUCAAGUUCGAAUAUUGUUAACCGUCAGCUUGUUAAACGUGGACAGAGAACGUGAAUGAAGAAACAGAUAAUUUUUAUUUUAUUCGCGCUUUUACGUGCAAAAUUGACGUGAUAAAAAAAAUACAAGAAUUAUCUCUUAAAAACCGCAUUGUGAUUUGUAGAACAAAUAACAUAAUGUUACACGAACAUUAGGUAAUUUGUGUGGUAUAAACAUUAACGCGUAGUCAAGUGUUAAUUGUUGUGACUAGAAGAUUUUUGUUGUUGUGAGUGUGUAAUAACGAGAGAGAUGGAAUCUCGCUUACCAAAACCAAAAAUUAUAAUAGGAAAAUCUGUUAGUACAAUGGAUAUUAAGAGUAACAGUCAGAACGUGACAAAAACUGGGACCACUACUUACUCAGCAUCAACAAAUUGUGCUAAAUUGUUGCAAGAGGAUAAAUUACAAGUUAAACAGACUUUACUUCGUGCCAAGACAGUAGCUUCAAUUACUCGACCAAAUAAUAAUACGAAUACUAAUAAUAAUCCAAAGGGUGUAAAACGACAAGCUACUACUGUAACACAUGGAGAACCAAAAAAACCAUUUGUUAGACCUGUUAAAGCUUUAGCAAACAAGCCAAGUAGCAGUGGAUUAGCAAACAAAAAGACAAUAAAUAAAGUGACUCAAAAUAAUACAGAUAACAAAACAGGCAAGAUACAAAAAUGGGAUCUUCGGGGUCGUUUGGCACACACAAGUGACAAAUUAUCAGCUGUACAACAAAAAAACAAAGACAUAGAAACAAAAUAUAAUGAACUUCAAAGCCUGACUAAUACUUUAGAAGCCAAUGAAGCUUUAUACAGAGAAAAAGCAGAAAAAUUAGAAAAUGUGAAUAAAACACUUGCCACUGAACUUGAAAGUUUAACACAAGAGAUGUCAGAAGUAAAAUCAAGUAACAAAGACUUAACAAAGCGCUUGGAAGAAUCAGAAAAAUUAUUGAGUGAAUAUCAGAAACAGUGUAAAUUACAGGAAGUAACUCUCAAAGAACAAACUGAACAACUGACAACAUUGAAAACAGAGCUAGAAACGACAAAAGAGAGUAAUGAAGUUUUAAAUUCUCUCAAAGAAAAAUUACAAUCAUUGACACACAAAUUGGACAAAGAACGUAGAAUUUUACACAAUAACAUACAAGAAUUAAAAGGCAAUAUUAGAGUAUUUUGUAGAGUUCGGCCGAGAACUGCAAGGGAGAUAGAACUGAUGAAGAUGCCAUGCAGUAUAAGCUUUAUAGAUGAUCGCACUAUUGAAAUUUCCAAGAUGGAUGGAUCGGACGGAGGAAAUUACAGCAAGCGAGGAACAAAACAGGAAUUCUCAUUUGAUAAAGUAUUUGCUCCCAAUGCAACACAGGAAGAUAUAUUUGAAGAAUUAGCCCUUCUGGUACAAUCAGCUCUUGAAGGCUACAACGUUUGUGUAUUUGCUUACGGCCAGACUGGUUCUGGCAAAACUUAUACAAUGGAAGGCGAACCAAAUCUACUUACUGAGGGAAUGAUACCUAGAACGAUACGUCACAUAUUUAAAGAGAUGAAACAAUUCGAACUUCUUGGAUGGGAAUACAAAAUAAAAGCGAGUUUCCUGGAAAUUUACAAUGAGCAUAUUGUUGAUCUUCUUGAGUCUCAGCCAAAAACGCACGAAAUACGAAUGGUUGACAGCAAAGGUCAAGAUUUAUAUGUCAGCAAUCUUCGAGUAGAAGAUAUUCACAGUCCCGAGGAAAUGCGUGAAUGUCUUCGAAUCGCGCAAUGCAAUCGAGCUGUUGCAGCUACACAAUCGAAUGAACGAUCGUCCAGAUCACACUCUGUAGCACAGAUACGAUUAAUUGGAACACAUACUACAAAAGGAGAAAUUUCAAUAGGAAACCUGAAUUUGGUCGAUUUGGCCGGUUCGGAACGUUUGAAAACCGAGGAGGCUGUCAGAACUACUGAGACUAAAAAUAUCAACAAAUCUCUAUCAAAUCUCGGUAACGUUAUUUUAGCCCUUCUGAAAAAACAGGAACAUAUUCCUUAUCGAAAUUCCAAGUUGACUCACUUGCUUAUGCCUUCUUUGGGAGGCAACUCGAAAACUUUGAUGUUAUUAAAUAUAUCUCCUUUAGAUGAAUGUUACAAUGAAACGUUAAAUUCGCUAAGAUUUGGUAGUAAUGUAAAUAAUUGUAAGACUGGAACUGUUAAGCGAAGUCGAACUGUUUUAUAAAAUAAAAUCAGUUAUCAAAUUAAAUAAAAAUUUUGAAUGAUCAAAAAUAUUCACAAAUAAAAUAGUCUAACGUUCAUAUACGUUUUACGUUUCUAAUUAAAUUUUAUAAUUUUAACGUUUAAGAAAUACAUUUUCAUGUGUUCAUUAUCUAUUUUACUUGGACUUUAGCUUUUUUUAUGUGACAACAUUUUCACGUUACAUAUCACACAAGACAGUUUUCGAUAUAUAAUUUUGAGAAAAAUUAUUCUUGUAAUAUCGAUGGCUUUUAUUGUAAUUAUUAAAUUGCAAUAUAUUGCAUUGCCAUUUUUUUUAUUAUUUAAAAGUUACAUUGAUAAGUAUUGUAUAAUAACUUUGUAUAUAAAACAAUAUUUUUAAUUUUUGAAGAGGAAACAAAUUUUAUCUUUUUCAUCUGAUAAAUCCAGAUGGAUUUACAUAAUACUUUUCCUCCUCCUCCUCUCAUGUUCAAAAUAUACAGAGUCGUGUGUAACAAAUCUUCAGUUUUGAGUGGACUUUAACGAAGAGAAACAUUUGUUAAUUUUUAAAAAAUAAUUUCUUGAGAAUUUUGUUAGAAUUUUAUUUUUAUUUUUAUUGCCUGUGUGAUGUGUAUUUGUUUGCUUAUUACUACGUUAAGAUAUAUAAAAAAUAUAUAUGUUUUGUAAUAAAUAUAACAGUU